AUGAGCAAAGCGACCAUACAAAUGUGCAUGUCCACCACCGGCUUCGGCGCACAUGCCCUGCGCUCCCUACCCCAAUCACAACCCUACUACGCCCAGCAGCCAUCGCCCACCUACUCGGUCAACGAUGCCCGCUCCGACGCCGAAAGCCAAGCAUUUGGCUCGCGACAUACAAACCACUAUGUCAGCCAGCAGCAGCAGCAGCAGCAACAACAACAGCAACAGCCCCGCCGCCCAGCUCCUCGCUUCGACAUGGACCUCAGAGGCCUCUUUUCACCAGACGAGACCGACAAGCGCUCGUUCAGUCGUGUAUCCAACCAGGUUCAUGCCAUGCAACCCCCUCCUCCCCCUUCCGCCAUCAAACUAGAACCCCCUUCCACCCCUUCCUCGCACCACAACCACCACCAACACUUCACCGCCGACCUGAAAAUCUCGCCUCAACUCCGCUCACACCAACAUCAACAUCAACAUCACGCUCAACACCCUCACCAGCCCCAUCACACACAAGACCAACCGUUUUAUACUCCUCCUUCUCCCCAACCACCACUCCAUCACACUCCAUCACAACCUCCAACUCAACCCUCACACCUCUCCGACCCUUAUCCACUUGCCGAUACCCACACUCUGUCUUACCAGGCCUUCAGUCCCCUCGCACACUCUGCUUUCGCAGACCUCGCCGCCGUCGGCUAUGAGGACUUGGAGUUUUUGAGUGAGAUGCGGGGGGGUCUUGGGGGUUCUGCUGGUGGCGGUGGCGGUGGUAAUGGUAAUGCAGAUGGAGAUGGGGUUGGGGGUCCGGCGGGUCCAACGGCCAGCGCAAUGCAGGAUUUGGGCAUGGGGUUGGGGUUGGGAUUGGGUGAUGGGACGCAUGAUUGGAGUGAGGGGAAUGGGUUUGACUUGUUUGAGGGGUUUUUUUUUGGGCCGGGGGGGUAG